AUUUUCCACAACUGGGCAGGCAGCUUUGGGGCACGUCUUGCGCAUGCGCCGUACAGUUCACGUGGAGACGGUCCCCAUCCAGUGUGUCAGAUUAAGAACCGGGUUGCAGCACCUUCGCAUCGACUCUCUGACUUCCCACUCAUCCAGAAAUGGCCUUCAGGAAAUUCCUCCCCCUGUUCGACAGGGUGCUGGUGGAGCGCCUCGUCGCAGAGACGGUCACCAAGGGGGGCAUCAUGCUGCCCGAGAAGUCUGCAGGCAAAGUGCUGCAGGCCACGGUGGUGGCAGUAGGACCCGGCUCUGUCAAUCCGGACUUCUACAACUGGCAGGAUGAGUCCUUUGAGGAGAUGGACAGCACCCUGGCUGUCCAACAGUAUAUCCAGCAGAACAUUCGAUCAGAUUGCGCCAAUAUCGACAAAAUCCUGGAGCCUCCGGAGGGUCAGGAUGAAGGGGUGUGGAAGUACGAACACCUCAGGCAGUUCUGUCUGGAGCUCAAUGGCUUAGCUGUAAAACUGCAGAGUGAGUGCCAUCCAGACACCUGCACCCAGAUGACCGCCACAGAACAGUGGAUCUUUUUAUGUGCUGCCCACAAGACCCCCAAAGAGUGCCCUGCCAUUGAUUACACCAGGCACACGCUGGACGGAGCUGCCUGUCUUCUCAAUAGCAACAAAUACUUUCCCAGCAGGGUGAGCAUCAAGGAGUCAUCGGUGGCCAAACUGGGCUCCGUUUGUCGUCGCAUCUAUAGGAUAUUCUCUCACGCCUACUUCCAUCACCGCCAGAUAUUUGACAAGUAUGAGAACGAAACAUUCCUGUGUCACCGGUUCACGCGCUUCGUAAUGAAAUACAACCUGAUGUCCAAGGACAACCUGAUCGUUCCCAUUCUGGAGGAGGAGGUGCAGAACACCUCGUCGGCUGGGGAGAGCGAGGCCUAAACAUACCAGCUGCUGGCACCGCGUGUACGACAGUCACAUAUGACAGGAGAUGCAUUCACACACCCUGCAUACACAGUACACAUCAUAUAUAAAUAUACACACACUAUGGUGUAUUGAGGCUCAUGUCUAGUAACUGUCCUUGUCCCCUGUGUCUCUCAACGGAGGUUAGGGUGUAAAGGAGAGCAGAGUUCAUCCGUACCUGCAGGACAAGUUGAUGUGUAUUUUUCCCUUCGCUAUUUACUGUUCAUGCAGCCCGUGUCUCACACUACUCCUGUAGGGGAUCCCCCCCCCCCCAUUUGUUUUCCUUUAAUCUUUUAGCAGCUGGAUUUGCAAAAUGUAAUCAUGGUGACCUGAAUUAGCUGCCCCCUCCCUCUGUACAUAACCCCCCCCUCCCUCACCUCCAUCAUAUUUUAUGAUGGUGCUUCACUUUUUUUUGUGUCUGCUUCUAUUUUGCUUGCGUUGCCUUCCAGCAUUUUCUUUCCUCGGGGGGUGGGGGGGAGGGGGGGGGUGUCCCAUGAAGCGGAUCACUAAAGCAGCCUGCUGACUUGAUAAUGGUAUUAAAACACGAUUGUAGGUGUGUGGCAGUGUAUAAAGACAACCUCUAGCUUUGUAAGCGUUCCAGAUCUCCUCUGGUUCUGCUUCAUGGUUUGUUCCUGACCUUCCUCAUGGGACUGUGCUGCCGUAAGCCGGUUCUGAUGAGCAAAGGGGCGAAACCUCGGCUCGGAGCACAACCUCCCGUUUAUCCUCCCGCCUCAUUAAGUUAUUUUGUGGGAGAAGUCUUGUCUAUCCGAACCCACUUUAUUUUUUAAAUGGACUAAAACAUUUGUUACGUCGACAUUUUCAUGUCUGUUAAUAAAAAAAAACAACAACCUUA